GCCUGCUCUGCUCUGCACACCAGGCGACUCUCUUUCCUUGGAACGUUUUACCCUUUACUUAAGGUCCAGCCUCCUUUGAACCAUGAGUUCCCACCAGCAGAAGCAGCCCUGCACCGCACCCCCUCAGCUGCAGCAGCAGCAGGUGAAGCAGCCCUGCCAGCCCCCAGCCCAGGAACCAUGUGUCCCCCAAACCAAGGAGCCCUGCCAACCCAAGGUUCCAGAGCCCUGCCAACCCAAGGUUCCUGAGCCAUGCCACCCCAAGGUUCCUGAGCCCUGCCAACCCAAGGUUCCUGAGCCAUGUCACCCCAAGGUUCCAGAGCCCUGCCAACCCAAGGUUCCUGAGCCAUGUCACCCCAAGGUUCCAGAGCCUUGCCAACCCAAGGUUCCUGAGCCCUGCCAACCCAAGGUUCCAGUGCCGUGUCAACCCGCAGUGCCAGAGCCAUGUCCUUCAACAGUCAUUCCGGCCCCAGUUCAGCAGACCAAGCAGAAGUGAGGUGGUCCGUGUGCUUGAGGAACCAACCACCAAAUGCUGAAUCCCCUCUCCAUUCUGCUGGAGUCCCCUUUGCCUUGCAUUCAGCAUGCUGUCACAAUCCUCCCUCAUUUCACCCUAGAAAUACGUGCUAUGAAGCUUCCUUCCCAAACACUCUGGGCCUCUGAGCUUCUGAAUGAGGUUGAGGGUCUUAACACCUUAGAACCUUCGUUUUCAGCUGCUCAGGAUUCCUCUGAAGAGGGACUUAAGGUGAAAACAUGU